AUGGCUCAGGAAGGCCUCCUGGAAGAGCUGAGGGCAGUGUUCAGCUGCCCUGUGUGCCUGGACUUGCUGACAGACCCGGUGACCCUGGACUGUGGGCACCACUGCUGUGCCUCCUGCCUCCAGCAACGCUGGCAGGACCUGCUGGACAUUCUCCCCUGUCCCAUCUGCCAGCACCACUGUGCCCACAGGGAGCUGCAGAAGAACAGCCAGCUGAGUGCCCUGUCUGACAUGGUGAAGCAGCUGCCCAGCUCAGGGAGCAAGAGGAAGCAGGAGCAGGAUCAGCCCCUGUGUGAGCAGCACCAGCAGGUGCUCAGCCUGUUCUGUGAGCAGGACCUUCAGCUGGUGUGUGUCCAGUGCAGGGUGUCCUGUGAGCAGCAGGGUCACCCUGUCAUCCCCACUGAGGAGGCUGCUGCUCAGCACAGGAAGAAACUCAAAUCCCACCUGCAGAUGCUGAAAACACAAAGGGAAGAUGCUCAUAAGGGGUUAAAGAUGCAAAAAAAUGAAAGACUCAGAAUUAGAGAAGAGGUAACAGUUCAGAGGAAUCAAUUACGCCGGCUAUUCAAAAAUCAUAAGACUUUUUUGAGGAAUCGUCAGUAUGACUAUGACAAUUGGAUACUAGAAGAAAUGAAGACUGUUUCCCAAAAGAUGACUGAGAGCAGAGACCAGCUGUCAGCCUUUGGCUCCUCAGUGAAGACUCUGCUGAGGGAUCUCACAGACAUGUCUGUGCAGACAGACCUGCAGCUCCUGCUGAGGGCCACAAGACUCCAGCUCCUGCUGAACAAGUAUCAGAAGCUGGAGGUCCCAGAUGGAUUUUGCCACACAAUCCAGGAAGAGCUCCCCAGUGCCCGUUCACAGUAUCUUGAUCUUCACAGUGCCAGCAAGUUUAAGUUGGAUUUGACACUAGACCCUGCGACUGCUCAGCACAAUCUCAUCAUCAGAAAAGAUAGGAAGCAUUUUCUAUUUAACAGUAAAAUAAAGCUCUUCACCCCUGCUCCCAGCCCCAAGGCAUUUACUUUUCACCCAGCUGUCCUGAGCUCUGAGGGCUUUGAAGCCGGCAGGCAUUUUUGGGUGGUAGAAGUCAUAGGGACAGGUGUGUGUUUCCUGGGUGUCUGCAAAGAGUCUUUGCCCAGGAAGGUGCUGAUGCCACAUUCCCCAAGCAAUGGCUGCUGGAAAAUACGACUGUUUCUUGGGCCUCACCUCAAGUCCAGCAAAAGGAAAGUGACCAUUGGCAUCUUCCUGGACUAUGAACUCGGAGAGGUUUGGUUUUACAAUAUCUCUGAGAGGUUGACCAUUGGAACACUCACAGAUACCUUCACAGAGAAACUCUUCCCCUAUUUUUCAGUAUUACGCUCUUGCUCAUCAGUGGUCAUGACUAUAAAAUAA